GCCAUACUCACCAACCCAACCUUCCAAGGAAUAAGUUCUGUAAGAGUUUAAUUAGUGAGAUUUAGAAAAGACUUUGGUCUAUCUCUUUGGUUCUUGAGUUUUGCAUUGUAAUAUCAAGAAACUACUAUCAAUGGCUGUUUCAUCUUUUCAAUCAAUCAUGUCAUGUUCUAUGACUAACAUGUCUAGCAGAUCUAGGGUUAACCAGUUUAGCAACAUCCCUUCUGUCUACAUUCCAAGCCUCAGAAGGAAUGUCAGCCUCAAAGUUAGAUCUAUGGCUGAGGGAGAGCAGAAAGAGCAACCAAAGGUGCCUGUUGACCCAAUUGCACCUUCAUCUACACCAACACCAUCACCACAGCCUGCCUACACUCGUCCACCAAAGAUGAGCACAAAGUUUUCGGAUUUGAUGGCUUUCGGUGGGCCAGCACCUGAAAGGAUCAAUGGAAGGUUGGCUAUGAUUGGUUUUGUAGCAGCAAUGGGAGUGGAGAUAGCAAGAGGGCAGGGUUUGUUUGAACAAAUAUCUGGUGGUGGAGUUCCAUGGUUCUUGGGGACAAGUGUGUUGUUGACACUUGCUUCGUUGAUUCCAUUUUCGCAAGGUGUUAGUGUUGAGUCUAAAUCUAAAAGUAUAAUGUCCUCAGAUGCAGAGUUGUGGAAUGGAAGAAUUGCUAUGUUGGGUUUGAUUGCUCUGGCCUUCACAGAGUAUGUUAAGGGCACAUCCCUUGUGUAAUACUAGAAUUCUUUUGAAGACACAUAUAAGGUCUAUAGGACUUGUGGGUAGAAGCCAAUCUAGGAAUUGUUUAUGUAUAUUCUCAUGUAGUUACUCCUUUGAGGUACUUCUUUUCCCAUGUUCCAGAGUAUAGUUAAACUUUCUUCAUACGUACAUUGAAUGAACUUCUCUUAUUCUUUACAAAAGAGUAUAA